UUCCAUCAUGAUACCUAUUCAGAACUCCAACUGAAGAUUAAAGGUGUAUCUCUUUCUGGCAAAUCAGCCUUUAUUACAGGUUCCGGGACCAGAAUUGGUGCUGCAAGCGCCCUCGCCUUUGCAAAAGCCGGCGCCAGGGCUGUGUUUCUCUCCGAACGAACUGCAUCAACUCUUCAAGAAACCAGGAAUCACAUCAAGAAAUGGUGUCGCAACACAAUCGUGCAGAAUUUCAUUUUUGACAUCAGUGAAGGCCCGCAGAGAAUCGAAGAAAUUUUCACGGAGGCGCGGAAGAUCAGCGAUGGGAAACCAAUUGACAUUUUGGUGAAUAAUGCCGCGGACCUUGGCCUCGAUCCCAACACAAAAUUUCGAACGGUAUUGCAGGCAAUUCGAAAUCAAGGUCCAACAAUAAUUAACACGACAUCAGGCGCGGCUGUCAUCGAUUUUGCUCCUGGCCUUUCUGGGUACGGGGUGAGCAAGAUGGCCGCGCUCAAGCUGUUCACGUAUCUCUGGUACGAGCAAUAG